CACCAACAUGGAAGAUGACCACCUUGAGGGGGAUGUAGAAGACAAAGACACAGAGUUCACCUGGGAGGUGAAGGCCAACGACAGCGCCUACCACAAGCAGUGCAAAAAGAAGGGCUUCCUGUGCUGGAGGCAGAAGAAGUACAAGAGCAACGCCAUCCACACAGCCAAAUACAACUUCUUCUCCUUCCUGCCUCUGAACCUGUUCGAGCAGUUCAGUCGUGUGUCCAAUCUCUACUUCCUUUUCAUCAUCAUCCUGCAGAGCAUCCCUGAGAUCUCCACGCUGCCCUGGUUCACGCUCUUCGCACCCCUGAUCUGCCUGCUCACUAUCCGGGCUACCCGUGACCUGGUGGAUGAUAUCGGUCGACACAGGAGUGAUAAGGUCAUCAACAACAGGCCGUGUCAGAUCCUGAGGGGGAAGAGUUUCCUGUGGAAGAAAUGGAAGAAUCUGUAUGUGGGCGAUGUGGUGCGUCUCAGAAAAGACAACAUAGUCCCAGCCGACCUGCUUCUGCUGGCCAGCACAGAGCCCAGUAGCCUGUGCUACGUGGAGACUGCAGACAUUGAUGGGGAGACCAACCUGAAGUUCAGACAGGCUCUGACAGUCACGCACCUCGAACUCACUAGCCCGAAAAAGAUGGCUUCCUUCCACGGUGUGGUGACCUGUGAGGAACCCAACAGCCGGAUGCAUCACUUCGUGGGGAGCCUGGAGUGGAACAGCAGGAAGUACCCGCUGGGCAUCGGAAACCUCCUCCUGCGAGGCUGCAAGGUCCGCAACACGGACACCUGCUACGGCUUGGUCAUCUACGCUGGUUUAGAUACAAAGAUCAUGAAGAAUUGUGGCAAGAUUCACUUGAAGAGGACCAAGCUGGACCUGCUGAUAAACAAAUUCGUUGUCCUGAUCUUCAUGUCCCUGGUGAUCACGUCCUUGUUGCUAACAAUGGGCUUCACCUUCAUAAUGAAAGAACUCAAAGACAAACAUUUUUACCUGUCGGUACUGUUCAUGCGCUCGGAGGCCAGGGAGUCCUCCUUCAUUUUCUGGGGCUUCCUCAUUUUGCUCAGCGUCAUGGUCCCCAUGUCCAUGUUCAUCAUCGCUGAGUUCAUCUACUUAGGGAACAGCUUCUUCAUCAACUGGGACCUCAGCAUGUACUACGAGCCCCGGGACAUGCCGGCCAAGGCCCGCAGCACCAGCCUCAAUGACCAGCUGGGCCAGGUGCAGUACGUCUUCUCAGACAAGACCGGGACACUGACACAGAACAUCAUGACCUUCAAGAAGUGCUGUAUCAACGGCCGCAUCUACGGUGAUGCCUCCACCCCCCUGCCCCUGCCCCAGCAGAAUCCGUACGCCUGGAACUUGUUUGCUGAUGGCAAAUUCCAGUUCUACAAUAAGGACCUGGAAUUCGCCGUCCGAGGCCAGCUGGACACAGUCGUGCGGGAGUUCUGGCGCCUGCUGGCCAUCUGCCACACUGUAAUGGUACAGGAAAAAGACAGUGAGUGGCCGGGCACCCUUUGUCGCCUCCUGCCCUCGGGGGCCCACCAGCCCAGCCUCUUGGGCUUGGACUCAAGACACAAGAGCCUGAAGGAUGUUCGCCCCGUUGCCCAAGCCCUGUUGGUCCCCAGGUCCUGCCAGGGCCUUGGAGCUGGAGUUAGACCCUGCCCUGAGAUCCCCCCGCCAAGGGGCAAGGUGCUGGGAGGAGGUGGCUUGCCACCCCUUCUCACCCACACAUCUUCCUUGCUCGAUCUGUCAGACCAGCUGCUGUACCAGGCCGCCUCCCCUGACGAGGAGGCCCUGGUCACCGCUGCCCGGAACUUUGGCUACGUGUUUCUGUCUCGGACCCGGGACACCAUCACGCUGAUGGAGUUGGGGGAGGAACGGGUCUACCAGGUUCUGGCCAUGAUGGAUUUCAACAGCGUUCGCAAACGGAUGUCAGUGCUGGUCCGAAACCCAGAGGGCGCCAUCUGCCUCUACACCAAGGGUGCUGACACAGUCAUUUUGGAGCGUCUUCACAGGAAGGGUGCCAUAGAGGCCACCACGGAGGAAGUCUUGGCUGCCUUUGCAGAGCAGACCCUGCGCACCCUGUGUCUGGCCUACAAGGAGGUGACGGAGGACACCUACAAAGAGUGGGAAUCGGAGCACCAGGAGGCCGCCCUCUUGCUGGAGAACCGCGCCCAGGCGCUGCAGCACGUGUAUAACAAGAUGGAACAGAACCUGAAGCUGCUGGGAGCCACGGCCAUUGAAGACAAACUGCAAGACGGAGUUCCUGAGACCAUCAAAUGCCUCAAGAAGGGAAACAUUAAAAUAUGGGUGCUGACCGGGGACAAGACAGAGACGGCGGUGAACAUCGGAUUUGCGUGCCAGCUGCUCUCGGAGAACAUGAUAAUCCUGGAAGACAAGGACAUCAAUCGUUUGCUGGAGAACUAUUGGAACGAAAACUACCAGCAGCGGGCGUUCAAGAUGAUGAGCCACUACAAUAUGGCCUUGGUUAUCAAUGGGGAGUUCUUGGAUCAGCUGCUCCUGUCCUUACGCAAGGAGCCCCGAGCCCUGGUCCAGAAUGCGGUGGUGGAUGAGGCCCCCCAGCAGCUGGGCAUGACCCGCCUAGACUUCCUCCAGGCUCGGAGGAUCUCACAGAUGUGGAAAAACUUUGGGCCCUUCGUGGCCCCAGCCCAGUCGGCCGACUCCAAGACCCAGCAGAGCCCCGAGGUCCUGCGGGAGAGGGCCUUCGUCGACCUGGCCUCCAAGUGCCAGGCUGUCAUCUGCUGCAGGGUGACGCCCAAGCAGAAGGCCCUGGUGGUGGCGUUGGUGAAGAAAUACCAGCAGGUGGUGACGCUGGCCAUCGGAGACGGAGCCAACGACGUGAACAUGAUCAAGACUGCGGACAUCGGCGUGGGGCUGGCUGGUCAGGAGGGCAUGCAGGCCGUUCAGAACAGCGACUACGUGCUGGCCCAGUUCAGCUACCUGCAGCGGCUGCUCCUUGUGCACGGGCGCUUGUCCUACAUGCGGAUCUGCAAGUUCCUGCGUUACUACUUCUACAAGACGGCAGCCAGCAUGAUGACCCAGAUAUGGUUCUCCCUCUUCAACGGCUUCUCUGGGCAGCCCCUGUAUGAAGGCUGGUUCCUGGCCCUCUUUAACCUGCUGUAUUCCACGCUCCCAGUCCUGUACAUUGGUCUCUUCGAGCAGGACGUGACUACUGAGAAGAGCCUGAACAUGCCAGAGCUCUACACGGCUGGCCAGAAAGAGGAGCUGUUCAACUACAGCAUUUUCCUUGGGGCCAUUGCCCACGGCCUCGCCACGUCCCUCAUCAACUUCUUCGUAGCGGUUCUGGUCAGCCAAAACAUGGCCAAGUCUGGCAGCUCCAACGACUACCAGUCCUUUGGGGUUCUGGUGGCAAUAUCUAGCCUGCUGUCCAUCACCCUGGAGGUCGUCCUUAUCAUUAAGUACUGGACGCUCCUGUGUGUGCUCAGCAUCGCGCUGAGCCUCGGCUCCUACGUCAUCAUGACAAGCCUCACGCAGAGCCUGCUGCUCUACAGGAUCUGGCCCCAGACCUUCCAGUUUCUGUUCGCUGAUUACAACGUGCUCAGCCAGCCCUCCAGCCUCCUGGUGAUCACGCUCAGCGUGGUGCUCAACACGCUGCCCGUCCUGGCCUUUCGCACAAUCCAUGAAAUCACCUUGAAACUGCGCCGCAAGGAGGAAGAGGCGGUCCCAAGCGAAGAGAUGGCUGUGGAGCCACCCGUGACGCCUCUUCGUCGUGGGGCCCCAGCCCGCCGGUCCAGCUACGCCUUCUCCCACCGUGAGGGCUACGCAAGCCUCAUUACCCAGGGUACCAUCCUACGCAGGCCCAUGGGCGAGCAGAGCGGAGACACGGCCUGUGAGUCCUUGAACCCGUCCGAGGAAGACCUACCUUCGUUCCGCAAGGAAUCCAUAUUUAACGCACGGAAGCUCUCCAUCCUGGCCAAGAAGAGGCUUCAGCAAUUUGGACGGGGGUCCCAGGAAGAGGUCCACUCCAACAUCAGCUCCCAAAUUACGGCGGAGAGACAGGCCACUCUGCUCCUGGACUGCCACUCCUCUGACAUGAAGAAGCCACCCACCCUAAGCUCCUUAAAGGGGUCUCUUCAGCUGCCGCCGUCGGAGAGCCUGGCCUGCCGCAGGGUGCCGUCGCAGUACGCCCUGGAUGUCGGCUCCUCUCCUCGGAGGGGCCCCCACUGGAAGAGGUCAGCCUCGCCCAGCCAUCUGGAGGUUCCCAGAGAGAAGCCCUGACUUGAGCUGACCAAAAGCCCAUUGCGCAGCGUGACCAUCACCUGCGAGCAGAGGCCGGAGGUGGAGCAGCGUCACCGAGGCUCCAGUGCUUGGAGCCCUGCGGAGCCCUGCCCUGCGGGAGCACAGCCACUCAACAGCCAGCGUCCAGAGACACAAUCGGGCGACAUCCUUGUCUUUUUUAAUAAAACAGGGUCCCUCUGG